AGAAGAGAAAGGUGGUGUGGGCGUGGCUUGCGGCUCUGUGACGUCGGAAACCCGGACGUGGCCUCUCCCGGGAGGGGGUGUACCCUAGAGGAGGGAAAACAGCCCUAGGUAGGGGGAGGCCUGAGCUCCCCGCCGGCAGCGCUGGGCCGGGCGGCAUGGCAGCCGAGGUGAAGGUGACGGGGCAGAGCCAGGAGCAGCUCCUGUUGCUGGCCCGGUCGGCUCGCGGGGCGGCCCUGGUCAGCCUCAUCCACCAGGUGCUGGAGGCGCCCGGCAUCUACGUCUUCGGGGAGCUGCUGGAUCUGCCCAACGUCCGAGAGCUGGCUGAAAACGAGUUCUCCUCCGUCUUCCGUCUGCUCACCCUCUUCGCAUAUGGGACGUAUAAUGAUUAUUUGUCCGAAGCUGGGAACCUCCCUCCAUUGAGCAAGGCUCAGAAGAACAAGCUGAGGCACCUGUCAGUGGUCACUCUGGCUGCCAAGAUCAAGUGCAUUCCGUAUGCAGUGCUGCUGGAACAGUUGCAGCUGAAGAAUGUGCGGCAGCUGGAGGACUUGGUGAUUGAGGCCGUGUAUGCAGAUGUGCUGCGUGGGAGCCUGGACCAGCGUAAUCAGCGUCUUGAGGUCGAUUACAGCAUCGGGCGAGACAUCCGCAGGGAGGAGCUAAGCACCAUCACCCGCACAUUGCAGGAGUGGUGCCUGGGCUGUGAGGUUGUCCUGUCGGGGAUUGAGGAGCAGGUUAGCCGAGCCAAUCAACAUAAAGAGCAACAGCUGGGCCUAAAGCAGCAGAUAGAGAGUGAGGUGGCAAAUCUGAAGAAGACAAUUAAAGUGACGACAGCAGCAGCUGCAGCAGCCACAUCCCAGGAUCCAGAGCAGCAUCUGACAGAGCUCAGGGAGCCAGCUCCUGGCACCAACCAGCGCCAGGCCAGCAAGAAAGCUUCUAAGGCCAAAGGGCUCCGGGGCAGCGCAAAGAUCUGGUCUAAAUCAAACUAGCUGGAUCUCUGAACUCCUGGGAGGGUGAGAGGGAGAAAGCAGGGUUAAAAAGCAGGUGUCCUGAGUGUGACACUUCUCUGCUCAUCCCCAGCAUCUGUCUGUCCAACUAGUUCUUCUACACGUUUGUUCUUUCCCAUCUGCUCUAUGCUUCUCUCUCUCCUCCAUCCCCUAGCAAUCUCUCCCACUUCUCCAUUGCCAUCUUUUACCACCUUAGCUCUUCUGUUUCUCGUCUCUCUUGCCCUGUCCUUUGACAGGUAAAUUUAAAGAGCCAUAGGACUAACUCCGUUUCAGUCACCUUAGCGCCAGAAUAUCAUGGAAGCCUGGAAGGAACUUGCACUGGUGCUCAGCAGCCAUUUUGGAUCUGUGGGAUCCUGGAACAAUUUUGCUCCAAAGUUUAGCUGCCAUCCUGAUUUUGUUUUUUGUUUUGCUGGGUGCGGAUCAGUGUUUUUGUGGGGGAUUGUUUAAAAAUAUAAAUCAUAUAUAUAUAUAUAAAGAACAAACACAAAACAAUAAAAGGUAGAUGUGUGCACAUAUCUAUAUAAACUUUU